AUGAUUGCCGCUCGCCGACUGCCGCGCGCCUUGCCCCUUGCUGCCCCUCGCCGCCUGUUUCACGCCUCAUCUCCGGCCUUCGUGCAGGUUGGUGAUAAGAUCCCCGAUGUCGAGCUUCACGAGGGCUCGCCUGGCAACAAGGUGAAGAUUGCAGACGAGCUGAAGAGUGGAAAGGGCUUGAUCAUUGGUGUACCCGCAGCCUUCUCCCCCGCGUGCAGCGAGAGCCAUAUUCCUGGCUAUAUUAAUGCCAAGGAGCUCAAGGACGCUGGUCGUGUCUUCGUUGUCUCGGUCAACGAUGCGUUCGUCAUGAAGGCAUGGGCCAAGAGCCUCGACCCAUCUGGCUUAAGCGGAAUCCGCUUCCUUGCUGACCCAGAUCUUCGCUUCACCAAAGCGCUUGAUCUGUCCUUCGACGGCGCUGCCAUCUUCGGAGGCGACCGUUCCAAGAGAUAUGCUCUGGUCACCGAGAACGGCGCUGUGAAAGAUGCACAUGUCGAGUCUGAUAACACUGGACUGAAUGUCUCCAAGGCUGACAGCGUCCUCAAAUCGCUCGCCAAGCAGUGA